GCAAAACAAAAAGUCAGUUCCUCGGCAGUUACAACUGCAACCAAAAAUAAAAUGCAUACUUUCACUAACCUUUAAAAACAUUUUUAGAAAAGUCAAGCAGGUUGUUUCAUAUCCAUGAAGUAAAACACAUGUGCACAUUUGUUUAAUUAUGAAUACAAAUGCAUUAAACAUCAUUCAUAGUGCAGCCUCUUGACUGUUAAAAAAAUAAAUAAAUAAACGAGUUCAUUAACGGAAACCAUUCAUAAUUAUUAUUAGAUGCAUAAAAGAUUGUAAAAAUGCACAGACAGAGAACUGAAAACACAGAGACGCAAGAAAUAGCAUAGUUUCAUUGAAGUGAAUCAGUUCAAAGUGGCUCUAAAUAUAGAGGUAACAUGACGUUCAACAGCAGUUUCAUAAUCCUCAUUACCAACCACUUCUGUGGAAAAACAAAAAUCGCCCUCCUCGACACAGCUGCAGCAUGUGCUGCUUAACCACCGAUGUCCAACACGCUCAGCAUGAGCCAUUCGACUACUAGCUCACACUCAACUAGCAGCUCAUACUACUAACUCACCACAGUCAGUACAGAACUCAGAAUGGAGCAUUUCAACAGAUUCACGGCUCCUGCUACGGAUAAACUUAGGCAGCUCCAAAAAAUCGUUCAAGACAUAAAAAAGAACGACGACAGCCUUUUCAACAGACUAAAAAGGUUUCAGACUGAACAAACAGCUAAUAUUCUCAAAACUGGGAGAAAUACGCUGGACCGGAUAAAGAAGAAAAGACCUCCGAAAGUACCAGUACGAGACUAUCAAGGCGAAGCUCCGGAUUCUGAGAGAGACUCUGAUUCAGAUUUUGACAGCGAUACGUACGAGGACCCUCAGGGCGAUCAUGACGACAACUACGAACCUCCGCCGAGGCUUGAAGGACACAUGAAGGCCUUUACGGUCAGCCAGUCCAUCACCAACCCCAGAGGAGAGUAUGUGGACAGCUGUCGUGGUCGACCGGCAAAACCAAACCAUCCUUUCCAUACGCAACAGAGGCACAAACCCCCACGACCGACCCACCGCAGCCUGGCAGAGGAAGAUGAUGGCGAUUACAUUGAGCCGGAGGGCGAGGCGGAUGAUGAUAAUUACAUUGACCCCACUGUGAAAACACUAUCAAAGCCGACGAUUAACAGAGCAGUCAAACCUGCUCAUGCUCAUGUAAACAGUCCGGAUUUCUAUGAGGUUCCUGAUCUGAAGGAGAAUUCUCAGUCUAAGACAAGCAGGAGUAACAUGACUCUACAACCCAACAACACACAUACGGCGCCACCUAAAGCCAGUCCACGAAUGAAUUUCAGAAGGCCAACAAUAACUCCACAGGAACCACAGUCAGAGGACGAGUACGAGGUGUGUGACGCAGACGACAGUGUCAAUGAUGGGCCAGAGGACACCACAGAGGCCCGGAGACCAUCAAUGCCCACACCGCGACCUAGAGACAUGAAGAAACCUAAUCCUGCUUUGACACCGAAACCAAACAUUGCUCACAGAGACAGUGAAGCCACAUCUAUUAAAACAACACCAGUAACUAUAUCACGAAGCCCACCGGACACCAUGCAGAGCCCGUCGCCAACAGGGUUCCAUCGAGCCAAGAUGCCUCUGCCUCGACAGCUUCCCUCCCAAAGCAGAGGAACGUUGCCUUCAGACAGCAGAUCAGCUAGAGAUACUGAAGAGGAAGCUGGUGUGUAUAAAAAGGUUUGGUACGCCAGCAGCUGUGACCGCAAGACAGCAGAGGACGCUCUCAUACGCUCAUCUAAGGACGGCUCUUUUCUGCUCAGGAAGAGCUCUGGUGUGGACGCGCAGCAGCCGUACACACUGGUGGUGUUUUACAACAGCCGAGUUUACAACAUCCCUGUCCGGUACAUCACUUCCACCAAACAGUAUGCUUUGGGGAAAGAAAAACAAGGAGAGGAGCGUUUCAGCAGCGUCUCUGAUAUCAUUGAGAACCACCAGAAGAAUCCUCUAGUGCUGGUCGACACUCAAAGCAACACCAAGGACUCCACCAAACUCAGACAUGCAGUCAAGCCAUGAGGCAGCCUUUGAAGCAGCGUGAAGACGCUUUGGAGACAUUCAUGACAAAUAUAACUGCAUUGAGCGGGUGCUGACAUUCAUUCAACUGUGUGAUAGUUUCACAUCUUACCUUGACAGAGGAUGGAAACAGAUCUACGCUUGCAAAGCUGGGACUUGCUGCUACUUUUAUAACUUAUUUAGCUGAAUGGCCGUUCUUGCGUUUGAAAACAGCAGCGAGACGCACUAUUUUUAUUUGACGCGCGCGCGCAACUGUGUGUUGCGCUUUUAAAAAUACAGCGCAGGAGGACGCGUUUUGUGCAAGCUGUCCCGAAAAACAGAAAACAGCAAUGUUGGAUAAAGAUACGCAAAUAUGGUACAGCUGUACAGUUUAUAUAUGUUAAUGGGUGUAUGAAUCGUUGUAUAAACUCAUCUGUUUUACCUAACAUGAGGUGUGAGUAAACAACAAAAAAAAUUAAUAAAUGACUUUUUUUAAUUAAAGUGGUUGUUUUGUGUAUUUUACGUAAAAUUAUAACGAUAUGCAUUGUACAAUCCUAAAUAGC